GCUUGUGGUUGCAGUAGAGGAGGCUUUCACUCACAUCAAACGCCUCCAGGUAGAGGAACAGCAGAAAGCUCCAGGAGAGAUGAUGGACCCCCGAGAAGCAGCCCAGGCAAUCUUCCCUUCCAUGGCAAGAGCUCUGCAGAAGUACCUUCGCACCACCCGCCAGCAGCAGUACCACAGCAUGGAGAGCAUCUUGCAACAUUUGGCCUUCUGCAUCACCAAUAACAUGACACCAAAGGCGUUCCUGGAGCGUUACCUCAACUCAGGCCCGACCCUCCAGUACGACAGGGAUCGCUGGUUCUCCAAGCAGUGGACGCUUGUCAGCGAGGAGGCGGUUACAAGCGGGUUACAAGACGGCGUUGUUUUUGUCCUCAAGUGCUUGGACUUCAGCCUUGUUGUUAAUGUGAAGAAAAUCCCCUUCAUCAAACUCUCCGAAGAGUUCAUAGACCCUAAAUCUCAUAAAUUUGUCCUCCGCUUACAGUCUGAGACUUCAGUCUAA